AACUCGUAUAUUAUUAUUAUUUUACAAUAUUUUUCUCGUUUUUCAUUAGUAUCAUAUAAUAAUAUUUACGUUUCGCUGUGUCAAAAGAUCAAAAUUUGCCCACAUCUCAUUAAUUACUAGUACAGCUGUUGUUUGAACGGAUUUUGACGGUUAAUAUUUACCACCGUCGUCUUCCAACAGAUUCGCAGAAAACAGCUUGAUUUUCUGCAGUGCACACAACCACAGUUCGUUAUAAUAACAUCAAGUGUCUAACCUCAUCAGCCGCAUCACUAAAUAAUAUCGCCAUAACAUCUGAUUAGAAAUAUUAUCUAUAUCACUAACAAUGAGCGAUAAUAAGUUCCGAGGUAACUACAUUGACGACAAAGUGACCCAUACCACAUCCAAGGUUUCCUCGCGAUCGUCUAAUAAAGAGGAAAAUCGCAAAAGAAAAUGCGAACGACGGAUACUGCUGCAGCCGCUUGCCAAAGAUGAUAUGGGGCAGAAGCACAACGACGAGAUGACUAAACACACUUCGACGAGACCGACAAUACGCCACUCUAGAGCAUCGACUGACUUGACCAGUGCAGCCUGUAUAAAAAUUUGUGAACCGCACGGUAAUAACCGAAACUCGGUCGCGGAUACCGGAACCGCAGAAGCUCGUCGUGGUGAGAACGAUCAAAGAUGUCGCGAACGGUAUGCUCUUGUAGAAACCCCUGGAUGUGCCGGUACAUUCAGGAUGUCCAUCGUUUCCGAUCCCGUUUGUGAACGGGAUGAAGAAUGUUUAAUAGAGUUCACAGUGUGGAAAACAAUGAAAAGUCCCAGACCGAGAAGGCUGUGGUUUACGGUCAGACAUACGAUGUCACCCUCAGCCGCUGUCGGCAUACGAUCCUUGGAAGUCUGGGUGGAUCGGAAAAACGACUAUCCUGCUAAAGUGAUAUUUUUGAAGAAAUGACCGCUCAUACACACAUUCACUGUGUUUGAAUCAUGACUUACCAGUGGAAAAUUCUUGAACAUUCAGCGCAGUAUUUAUUUUUUAUCUCUGACACCCACUAGCAACAUAGAAAAUUGUUAAUCACUAAUUAAUAAUUAUUAUUAUAAAACUGAAAAUGUAGAACAUUAGUCAUUACUUGUGCUUGAACAUAGAUUUUUUUACAUUUCAAUUUUUCUGCGGUGUAUGAGAAUAGUUUUAAUAAAUAAUAGGUACAACGUUAUAAAAGUACUUAUAACUUGCACACACACAUUUUAAAACAAUAAAAAGUCAAUAUACAAACAGA